AUGAGGUUUUUUGACAAAAGCACCGUUGGACAAAUCAACAGUUUUUCUCAAAAGGACCUGUUGCAAUAUGUGGAGUCUCUUAUGAAGGAGUCAAUAAUUCACCAACCGACCGAAGGAAACUACACCUGGUUGAAGUCGAGGCAAACGCAACACGAUUAUUCCAAAGACCUGGAAGUUUUCAUACCUAUGGUUUCUAAGAUGUCCCCAGAAAGCUGUGCCUCAAUAGCCGUGAAACUUGACAAUCUCACAGAAGGAAAUGUCAGCACUGCAGCGGUGGUCGGCCAUUUUAAACGGUUACUGUUAGAGCAGCACAGCAUGCUGCUCAUAGAGAGCGUGACAAGGACGAAGAAUAGAAAGAGGAACAGAGUGUGUCCAGAUUUAGGGGAGCGGCUACCUACUGUUUCUUUUAUUUUAGACUAG